GGUUGGACAGUUGCAGAGCGCAUGCGGUUGAUAAAACUUUGCUAAAAUAUUAUAUAUAUAUACACACUUUUCGGCACCUUUUGCGAACGUCGGCUAUUACGAGCAAUUGACACGCGACAAUCUUAAGACUAUUGUAAUUACAAAUUACUUUUCCGUUUGCGAUUUCUUUAUUUUUUUCCCCUCGCAUCGGUUAUAACGACUCUUGAGCGAUGGACAAGUACGAUUCCAUCGUCGUCGCCAAAGAUAAUGCCCAAGAAACAACUUAUCAGCACAGGGCCAACCCCCCUAGGUGGCGGUUGCUCAACUUCCUCAAACACGGGAACGGUCAGCACACACGUCUAGUGCCCACUGCGAGCCCAUCCAUAUCGGCUUGCACGACUGCCACCAACCUGUCAUCCCUGGAUGCACCGCAGCUGCACAAGAUGAGCACCCUGGAGGAGAACCUAAGAGUGGCUCAACCGGAGAUCGAGCCACUCCAGAACAAGAAGAUCGGCGUGGAGGAGCAGAUCUACAACGACACAGUUGCCAAGAAGCCGCCAAUAAAGCUUUUCACACAGGUUUUGACCGCCUUAUCAGUAUCAUUAGUAUCGUUGGUGAUUGGUUUUGUGUCGGCGUACACGUCCCCAGCAGAGGAAAGCUUGAAAAAAGAUUUGGGGAUUACCGAUAAUCAGUAUUCAUGGAUUGGAAGUUUGAUGCCGCUUUCUGCGUUAGUGGGAGGUCUGGUCGGUGGUCAACUGAUCGAAAUUCUGGGUAGGAAAAGGACGAUCGUCCUCACAGACAUCCUCUACAUUAUUUCCUGGCUGAUAUGCGCAAACGCCACCGACAUUUGGUUCGUGUACGUUGGAAGAAGUAUUAUUGGAUUCAGCGUCGGUAUCGCCUCGUUGGCGAUACCUGUGUACUUAGGUGAAACUAUCCAACCAGAGAUCAGAGGUGCACUUGGUUUGUUCCCCGCCGCUUUCGGAAAUUCCGGAAUUUUACUCUGCUUCAUCGUUGGAAGUUAUCUGAAAUGGAACGAACUAGCUUGGUUGGGCGUCGCUCUUCCAGUGCCGUUCUUGGUCCUUAUGUUCCUGAUCCCGGAAACCCCAAGAUGGUAUGUCUCCAAGGGUAGAGAUGAAGAAGCUUUGAAAGCCCUGCAAUCUUUGCGUGGUAAAGACACCAACGUUUCGGAAGAGUUCGAUGAUUUGGUGAAAUCGCACAAGGAAAGCCAAAAAUUAACAACAAAUGCCACAUUCAAAGAUCUCUUCGUUAAAGCUAACAUGAAACCGCUGAUGAUUUGCUUGGGCUUGAUGUUCUUCCAGCAGCUGAGCGGUAUCAACGCGGUAAUUUUCUACACAACAACUAUUUUCAAGAUGGCAGGUUCUAGUAUUAACCAAAAUCUUUGCACUAUCAUCGUCGGAUUAGUGAAUUUCAUCUCUACUUUCAUCGCCACAAUUCUCAUAGAUAAAUUGGGAAGAAAAGUAUUACUCUACAUCUCCAGCAUCUCCAUGACCCUAAAUCUUAGUAUUUUGGGUACCUACUUCUACUUGCGUCAUACUGGAGUAGAUGUUUCCGCUUACGGCUGGUUGCCAUUGGCCAGUUUCGUUAUUUACGUGCUUGGAUUCUCCCUCGGCUUUGGACCGAUUCCAUGGUUGAUGCUUGGAGAGAUCUUGCCUGCAAAGAUCCGCGGAUCCGCCGCUUCUGUAGCCACAGCUUUCAACUGGGCUUGCACCUUCCUCGUAACGAAGACAUUCGUGGACAUCAUCAACUUGAUUGGACCUCACGGCACCUUCUGGCUCUUCACUGGAUUCGUCGUCUUCUCCAUCCUCUUCAUAUAUCUUUGGGUGCCUGAAACCUUAGGUAAAUCUCUAGAAGAUAUUGAAAGGAAAUUUGCCGGCGUCAAAGUUAGGAGGAUAAGUUCCGUUGUCAACCUAAAACCAUUGCCAUCGUCAUUUUAAGAAUCUCAACGAUAAAUUGUUUUGUUUUUAUCUUUCAUUCUGCGUAUAAGAACAGAGAAGAAAUAUUUGAAGAAAGCCAAAGUCUAGUGAUAUUUAAUUACUUGGAACUA